UCCGCUUCUCACCAAAGACCAUUUAUUUAUUAUUAUUGUUAAUAUUCAAAAAGAAAAGAAAAGAAAAAGGCCGAAAAAGUUGGUUUAGUUGCUUCUCAGAGGGAGUGUGUGUGAGAGAGAAGUGGCCGAAGCCCGUGGAGUGUGUUGUUGAGGUGGGCCGUACCGAUGGAGACGAGUGCCCAAACGACGUCGUUCGGAGAACAACGCGGUGCCGGAGGUAAGCUCAAGAGGCCGGCUCGCAAGCCACCGUCAACUCCCUACUCUCGUCCUCCGGCGCUACCGACCCAAAUAGAUAGGGGUCAGCGGCGAUGGUUGUCCAAGCUCGUUGAUCCCGCAUACCGCCUCAUUAGUGAUGGCGCCUCCAUCUUCUUUCCGAAUUUCUUCUCAAAAUCACCUUUCACCAUUGAUGCCAACACUGAAGAUCACGAGAAUCAGGAGGCUGAGACAGUUGUGCAAGACGAGGCCAAUGGUAACGAACAAAAUGACACUGUAAAUCAUGAGCUGUCCGGAACAACUGGAGUAGUAGGUCCUGGAACAGCAGCAGAUGUUUCGGAGAACAUUUCUGAUUUGGUUCUGCCCAACAAAGAUAAAGGAGGCAACCUUCCCAAUGAGAGCGGACUUUCCGAAAUCGAAAAGUUAUUAAAGGGGAAAAAUUUUUCGAGGGAUGAAGUAAAUCAUUUAAUGCUAAUAAUAAAUUCAAGGGCAGCUGAAGUUCCAGAUGUACAUAAAGGAAAGGAGUACCAACGUACUCCCUCCAGGGGGGCUGCAGCAUCUCAUGAAAUUAUCAGUACAUCUGAUAGAAAUCAGAGAGAUUUGCAAGGUUCUUUAUGGAAAACUUCAACACCCCUUCCUAAAUCGGCGAUGCCAGAUGAUGUUUGUGCUUCACCAAUAGAUAUUGCCAAAGCAUACAUGGGAAGCCGAACAUUAGAAACUGGCCAUUCUAUUAAGGGAAUGAUUUCAAAAGAAGAAAGGAAUUCAUUAUAUAGUGCUGACUUUGUAUCAAAGCCAUUUAUGUCUUCACCUUCUUCUAAGCCAUGCCGGCCAGGUGCCAUGCUACAGGAUGAGCAAGAUCAUCUAACCCCCCAAAGUCAAAGUGGAAGAUAUGGGCUUCACAACAUUCCACGAACCCCCUACUCGAGAACAAUCUUUUCAAAGUCCAAGUCCAAGUUAAUGCCCUCACUAGGUGAUAGUGAUAAGGGGACGAGACCAUCUACUUCUCUGCAAACAUCUCAAACACCUGUUUAUGGGCAGGUGAAGUCAAGUAGUGAUGCAUUGGAGGAUAACCAUGGCUCAACAGGACCGAUUCGUAGGUCAAGAAAUAGAUUUGGUACACAAACUCCUGGUACACAAAAUAGAUUUGGCAGACAAACUCCUGGUACUCAACACAGACGUGCUACACAAACUCCUGGUACUCAACACAGACUUGCUACUCAUUCUCCAGGUACACAAUCACCUUUCAGAGGAUCUGGUUUUAUUGAACCAUCAUCUGUUGGGCCUUCAAGGGUUGAAAAUUCUAGUACAUCUCAAGGUUUCUUGCCUGCUUUUAUAAGAAGUGUUGAACCAAGAGAAAUUAGUGGCUCCCAAUUUCAUUCAGCUAACAGGAAAAAUCACAGUUAUGAUGUGGGUGUCCCAACUGUUCAUCCACAUUCUAGUCAGAUAGCUAGGACAAUCUUGGAUCAUAUAGACAGAAACCCGCCCACUCCCAAGGACAAGUCACAGGAGUUGAGGCUAGCUUUUGAAUGGAAGAAACCUGAUUCUUCCAGUACCCCUUCAAUUGAUCCAAAUCAACACAAGUCUAAGAAUAGCUUACUGAAUUUAACAGCCUUGGAAUCUCAAAAGAUAGUGAAUCAAGAUGACCAGAAUAAACCUGCUCAAGAUACUUCUGACAAGAGCAAUUCCCGUUUUAUGUUUCCACAUCAGGAAAGUACUGUAAAAUCAGUUGAUACCAUAUCCAAUCCUCGGUCGAAUGUUUUCCUUAGCAAUGGGGUUGAUGGAGUGUCCCAAAUGAAAAAUUCACACGAGGAGGUCACCAAGAUUACCUCCUCUCAGGUGGUAACCCUACAAAAGAAGCCUGCAGCUUCAGGGACUAAUAAGCCACUUUUGUCUAAUAUCUCCGUUGACAAGCCUAACUCGAUCUGGAAAUUUUCGUCGGAUCAAAGCUCUGGGUUUACUUUUCCUGUUUCUACGGCCUCUGGAGUGAGCUCUGAGCCACCAACGCCAUCCAUAAUGCCAUCGUUUUCAGCAAAUACUCAGCUUCAGCUCAAAGAUGGACAUGCCAUUCCUUCAUAUACCUUUGGCUCAUCAUCAACUACGCCAUCUCUUGUAUUUUCUUUCCCUUCUACAAGCAGUUCUGCAAUCCAAAAUGACACUUCCGAUAUUAAGUUCAGCUUUGGCUCAGAUAAUCCCAGGUUAUCUUUUGGUUCAGUGAAGAAAGAUGCCAUCUGCUAUUAAUUAAAGACAUUUUAAUACUUUUUUUUUUAUCCCAUUUUUAAGGUGAAUUUUCAUUUAGAAUCUACAAAAAGUUUGAAUUGGAACCCUCUGUUUUUUCGUUGAAAAUAUUGAAUAAUUAAAUAUUGGAGAGUUUGCAGUUCUAUUCAAUUAUUGCAGACUAAAUAACUGUAUUGGACAUAGAAUAAUUAGCUGGAAGCCAUCUAAAUGAUCCACAUGAGAGAUUUUUCCUUUUUA